AUACAUAUAUAGUGGCACUAUUCUAAUUUUGAGAUUAAAAUAACUAUUUGGAUCACAGCUCCCUAUAUAGGGCCCGCUGGAGGUUCAUAGGAUCCGAAAAUGCCAACGAAUAGAAAAAGAAAACCACCCAACGCCGAUCCCAUCGCCCGCAACCUCCUGCCCCGCCCCAGAUCGCUCUCACCCGCGACCCCCCAACCCCCCGUGCGCCGCCGCGCGACCGCCUCCGCCGUGGCCGGCCACCUUCUCCCGCCGCUCCAGCCACACACCACCUUAUCCCACCGCAGCGGCCACCGGCCAGCUUCUCCCGCAGGCGCAACCAUCACGGCGCACUGCUGCCCCUCCCCUGCUUGCCGGACCGCGCCGCCCCUCCCUGCAGGAUCGCGCCGCCCAUCCCCGCCGACCAAGCGGAGCCCCUCCUCGGCGGCCUGUCACCACCUCUCCACGCCGGCCUCGCGCCACCUGGACCGUGUAUCCAUCGGACACCCACGUUGCCGUCCUCCGCCACGGUCGUGCUCCCAGACCACUUGCUCAGCAGCCCCUCCAUCGCUGCCAUACGCCCCGACCACAUCCCUUCCACACGCCCCCAACCUCCCCUCCGGCGUGACCUUCCGUCCGCUUCGGCGGGACCUUCCUUUCCCUCCGAUGCGGCCUGCCCUCUGCUCCGGCGCGAUGCACGCCUCCAGAUCCUACAGUUCAGAGAGAAUGGGGAGUAAGACUCGGUGUGUGGUGGGCGGCGGACAAGAUGGAGGCAUGGAGCUAGUGAGUUGGUAUGGCUAGCAGCAAGAGAAAGAAGAGACAGGUUAACUGGAGCCUGCAAUGCGACGAGCAGAAUAAGGCAUGAGACACAGGUUAGCU